ACACCGGGCGCGGGGCGCUCCUCGUCAGCAGGGUCCCGGCGCGGGAACGCGAGACGUCUUCCAGAAGAGCCGCUUCGCACCCCGCGGCGCCCCUCACUUCCGGUUUAUAAUCGCAGGGCGUCAGGCCGGGCGGCGCUGCCGCGGGCGCCUCUUUCAAACUGCUUUCCCUGCACCGUAUGGGCCCAGUCCCGCGUCCCGCUACGUGCAGAAGUUGCCCAUGAUCGGCCGUACUGGCCGCCCGGCCCGCCGCUGGGCGCUCUCAGAUUAUUCGCUGUACCUGCCGCUGUGAGGCUGCUAAGCCUCCGAGAAUAAACCCGCACCUGGAAGUGACGUGUCUGUGCUCGUGGGCGGGGCUUGGGCGGUUGGCUUCCUGGUGGCCUGGGCGCCAUGGCGCUGCCCUGGUUGCAGCGACUUGAGCUCGUGCUCUUCACGGCCGCCUUCCUGUGCGGGGCUCUGGCGGUCGCGGCGCUGACCCGGACCCAGGCCUCCUUCGGUGGUAGCUGUCCCUUGUAUGGUGCGGUUGCACUCAAUGGCACCUAUCUGGCCUUGUCACAUCCCUCAGCCUCUUCCCUCUGCUACUUUGUGGCAGGGGCUUCAGGCAUCCUGGCGCUCUACUGCCUUCUCCUCCUCUUCUUCUGGGUCUACAGCAGCUGCAUCGAGGACUCCCAGAGAGGUUCUAUAGGGCUCCGAAUUGCUUUGGUCAUCUCAGCUAUAGCCAUCUUCCUGAUUUUAGUGUCUGCCUGUAUACUUCGAUUUGGCACCAAUUCUUUCUGCAAUUCCAUCAUCUCCUUGAAUCGUACAAUUAGCUGCUCUGAAGCCCAGAAAAUCUCAUGGAAACCUCCAGGAACUGCUGUGCAGUUUUACUCCAACCUACACAAUGCUGAAACCUCUUCUUGGGUGAAUCUGAUAUUGUGGUGUCUGGCCUUGAUGCUCCAGGUCAUGCAGUGCAAGUUUCAGGCGACACCAUACCAGCCCCAGGAGAGGGGUGACCCAGAGUGGAGCUCUGAGACUGAUGCUCUUGUUGGGCAACGCCAGUCUCACUCCUGAAGAAUAUCAAGAGUGCUUUCUGCAACCAGAACCUCCAAGCCCAACUGCUUUUAAUCUUCUUGUCUCUGUACAGCCCUGUUUAUAUUGGAAACCUCAGUUUUCCCUCCAGGAGGGAAACAUUCGAAUAGGCCACUUCUGCUUUUUCUCCUUAACUUUUUUGUACCAAAAUAAUAUAUUACUUUUCUUCAUCA